UGUGGAUAUCACACAGCACACCUCUGACUGUCUUCUUACUGAAGAGCAGAAAUGGCAUUAAAUGGGAAAACUGCAGUAGUGACCGGAGCAGCGCUGGGGAUAGGAAAAGCAAUAACUGAGAUACUUCUGCAAAAUGGUGCCAAGGUAACCCUUUUGGAUAUAAAUGAAACUGCAGGGAAGACUUUAAAGGAAGCCCUCAACAAACAGUAUGGAGAAGAGAGAUCUCUGUUCUUCGAGUGCAAUGUUGAGUCUGAGGAGCAGAUCAAAGCUGCCUUUCAGAGCACAGUAGAUACAUUUGGAGGGAUAGACAUUGUAUGCAACAAUGCCGGCAUCUUGAAUGAGAAGCAGUGGGAGAAAACGGUCUCCGUAAACAUGGUGGGUCUAAUCAGGGUGAGCUAUGUGGCUUUAGAGUAUAUGAACAAGUUGAAUGGAGGAAAAGGAGGGACCAUCAUUAACGUAGCAUCUUUGGCAGGCCUCACUCCAGUACCAGCUUGUCCCGUCUAUACAGCCACCAAGCAUGCCGUGGUCGGCUUCACUCGAGCCAUGGCUGCUGCCUCGUCCGCCUCAGGCUACGGUUUAUGCUUCAAUGCAGUUUGCCCAAGCUUUGUCAAAACUGACCUCUAUGCCACCCUCAUGGACAAUUUGGGACAAUUCUCCCACCUGCUUUAUGCUACUCAAAAUCCUGCAGUCCAAAGGGCAAUGAAUCCAUCGGAGGUUGCUGAAUGUGUCUUCGAGCUAGUGACAGGCGAGGCGAAGAAUGGAGAGAUCCUCAUAAAGAAACAAAGCAUGAAGAAAUAUAUGACCUUUCCCACACUUAUCUAGUGGCUCCUGGCAAAGGCAGUGAACAACCUGAGUAAUGUCUGAACCUAAAACUAUUAGAGGAAAAUGCUGCAGUUCACAGUAUUGUUUGUUUUGUUUUGUUUGUGAAAGAUAAAUCAGUAAAUCUCCACAAGUGAUUAGGAGAAAGAAGCAAACAAUAAAUGAGUGAAAGUCCAGUUUCUGACUAGGAGAAACGGCUGUGACUGUGCUUAAGACUUUUUGGAUCUUUCAUGAUGCAGAAAAUAUUUCUUAUAAAUUUAAGAAAAAUGUUAAUAAGAGCUUCCAUACUAACUUGCACUGACGAAAGAAAAGUAUCUAACAUAACAACAAAAACAUGGUUUGCUCUGCUUGCUAUAGUGUGCCCUACAUGUUAUAAGGAAACACAAAAAAAUCCACUAUAUUAAUUAGAAAUGAUUGUUUGUUACUGAAAAAUGUUUAAAAUUAGAAAAUGAAACGUGAAAUCCUCUGUGCUGCUUUAUUGUGGGGCUAAACGUCACCUGUGAUAUGGUAAAUGUUAAGAAAUUGAAUGCAAAACAUAACAGUUCUGUCCCACCUAAACAAAUUGCUUAAUUAAAUCUGUUAAACUAUGGCUGACUGUUCAGAAAUGUGUCUUACCUGGUUUGUAGUUCUGUCCCAGUAAACCGCUAAAUUGUCCAAAUUACA